AUGAGUCAUAGUCCUUCCAUUCCCGAUGAUUGGAGCCCUACAAAUCGCUUUACAGAGCAAGACGGACAUAGCGAGUUGACUUCCAGCUCGAGUCUGCGAAGAACGAAGCCAACAAAGAGACAAAGAUGUAGUCCGCCCCGGGAUCAGCCUAUCAGGCAUCGCUUCGUCCGUAAAUUGUGCAGCUUGCGUGAAGGCAUCAGAAGUUUGUGUGUUCGAAGAUAUCGUCAUGCGUCCCGGAUAUACCAAAUAUAUUGUAGCAUUGGAAAAUAG